AUGGAGUGCCGCGGAGCCGAGGCCCUCGAGCAGGUUGAGCGCCACUACGGAGGCGUCGAAGGCCUGUGCCAGAAGCUGAAGACCGACCCGGUCAACGGACUCCCCAGCAGCCCAAAGGAGCUCGAGAAGCGGAGAAAAGUAUUCGGCAAAAACGAAAUCCCGCCCGCCCCGUCAAAAAGCUUCUUGCGGUUAGCAUGGGAAGCGCUCCAGGACAUCACCCUCGUUAUUCUUCUCGGGGCAGCCAUUAUAUCGCUCGGCCUCUCUUUCUACAAACCUCCCACAAAAAACACGGACAGCUCGGAACAAGAAGCCGGCUGGAUCGAGGGAGCGGCUAUCCUGAUCGCCGUCGUUGUCGUCGUCAUGGUGACGGCAUUGAACGACUGGAGCAAGGAGAAACAGUUCAGAGGGCUGCAGGCCAAGAUUGAGACCGAACACAAAUUCUCCGUAAUUCGCGAUGGUCAACCAAUUGACAUUAUCGUCAACGAUCUGGUGGUCGGUGAUGUGGCUCGCGUUAAAUAUGGCGAUCUGCUGCCCGCCGACGGGAUUCUCAUCCAAUCAAACGAUCUGAAGCUCGACGAGUCGUCUUUGACCGGAGAAUCGGAUCUGAUCAAGAAGAGCGUCGAUCAUGAUCCCAUUCUUCUAUCUGGAACCCAUGCCAUGGAGGGUUCUGGCCGCUUCAUCGUGACGGCCGUAGGUGUCAACUCUCAAACGGGCAUCAUCAUGUCGUUGCUCGGAGCCGUGAAACAGGAAAAAGAGGAGAAAAAGGCGCCGUCAAAAGAACCCGAGGCUAUUAAUGGCAAUGGAGUUCUGGUGGCGAAUGGUGCCCCGAAAGAGGGAAAACCAGUGAUUGUGGAUGAGGAAGAUUCUGGGAAGGUCACCAAGUCCGUCCUUCAGGGAAAACUCUCUUCGUUAGCCAUUCAGAUCGGUUACAUCGGCUCAAUCGUGGCGGCGGCCACCGUGUUGAUGUUGGUGGCGCGGUUCUGCUUCGAGAAUUAUGUGAUGGCCAAGAAGGCAUUCGAGCCGACAGACCUCUCAUAUUUCGUCAAUCACAUCAUUAUCGGUGUGACGGUGCUGGUGAUAGCUGUCCCAGAAGGACUUCCGCUUGCCAUCACACUCGCAUUGACCUACUCGGUCAAGAAGAUGAUGAAAGACAACAACCUUGUGCGGCACUUGGACGCGUGCGAGACGAUGGGUAACGCGACGGCCAUCUGCUCGGAUAAGACGGGCACGCUGACGACGAACCGGAUGACUGCUGUCCAGGCUUUCAUCAAUGACGAGUUCUACAAAAACAAUCAGCUCCCGAAAUACGAUCAACUAGAUGAGAGGACAGCUUCAAUGAUUGUUGAUGGCAUCUCAAUCAAUAGCGGCUUCAACUCGCAAGUUGUCGAAGGGAAACAGCCAGGAGCACCAAGGGAACAGAUCGGCAACAAAACCGAAUGCGGACUCCUCGGCUUCGUCCUCGACCUCGGCAAGAACUAUGAUGAUAUCCGGAAGCUGCACCCAGAGGAAACGCUCUUCAAGGUGUACACCUUCAACUCGUCCCGCAAAUCGAUGAUGACCGUCAUCGCGUUGCCGAACGGGCGAUAUCGUGUAUUUGCCAAGGGAGCCUCGGAGAUCAUCUUGUCGCGAUGCUCAUACAUCUUGGGUCGAGGCGGCAAGAUUGAGUCGUUUGACGAGGCCGGGCUGGCCGAUCUGACACAGCGUGUCAUUGAACCCAUGGCUUCGGAUGGACUGCGAACGAUCGGAUUGGCCUACAAGGACUAUGUGGUGUCGGGGGAGAAGAAGGAGGAGAACGAGGUCGAAUAUUCGGGUGAGGUCAACUGGGAAGAUGAGGAGACUGUCAGGGGAGGAAUGACUGCUAUUGGCAUCAUGGGUAUUCAGGAUCCAGUUAGACCGGAGGUGCCCGCCGCCAUCGAAAAAUGCCAAAAAGCCGGCAUCACAGUCCGUAUGGUCACCGGAGACAACAUCAACACUGCCCGUUCUAUCGCCACAUCAUGCGGUAUCCUCAAGCCGGGCGCCGACUUCCUGGCCCUCGAGGGCAAGGAGUUCAACGCACGCAUCAGAGACGAGGACGGAAAAGUGGACCAGGCGAAGCUUGACGCGAUUUGGCCCCGAUUGAGGGUACUGGCUAGGGCACAGCCAUCCGAUAAGUACGUUCUCGUCAAGGGAAUCAUCGACUCGAAGAACACCAAGAAUAGAGAGGUGGUGGCCGUUACGGGUGAUGGUACAAACGAUGCGCCGGCUCUGAAAAAAGCCGAUGUCGGUUUCGCCAUGGGAAUUGCAGGAACGGAUGUGGCCAAAGAGGCAUCAGAUAUCAUCCUCACUGACGAUAACUUUACAUCUAUUGUCAAGGCCGUAAUGUGGGGACGUAACGUCUACGACUCGAUCGCCAAGUUCCUCCAAUUCCAAUUGACCGUCAACGUUGUCGCCGUGACGAUUGCCUUUGCUGGAGCGUGUCUGAUUAAGGAUUCUCCAUUGAAGGCCGUCCAAAUGCUGUGGGUGAACCUCAUCAUGGACACGCUCGCGUCGCUGGCGUUGGCCACCGAAAUGCCGACAGAAGAUUUGUUGGAGCGGAAGCCGUACGGAAGGACGAAGAGUCUCAUCUCCCGCACCAUGGUCAAGAACAUUGUCGGGCACGCCGUCUAUCAGCUGGCGGUGCUCUUCGUGUUGAUGUUCUGGGCCCCUGAUUUCAUCCCCCACACCCCGGAUGGACGGGAAGCCGGGCUCAAAUCCAGGCCGAGCGAACACUUCACCAUCAUCUUCAACUCGUUUGUCUUGAUGACGCUGUGCAAUGAGAUCAACUCCCGGAAGAUCCACGGCGAGCGCAACGUCUUCAAGGGUCUAUUCACCAACCCGAUCUUCUGCGUCAUCUGGAUCACGACCCUCAUCUCGCAGGUGCUCAUCGUGCAGUACGGUGGCCAUUGGUUCUCCACGGCACCCCUCGACUUCGUCCAGUGGGCCGUUUGCGUGGCAUGCGGUCUUGGUUCGUUGCUGUGGGGCCAGGUAGCCCAACAGAUCGGUGUGCAAAAGACGGGUGCCGGUGGAUCGAUCGACAGUUCCGGGGCAAGACGCCCGGGUCAAUUGCUGUGGCUGCUCGGACUGACGAGACUUCAGACGCAGAUGCGAGUGGUGAAGGCGUUCCAAUCGUCUACUGAGGACAACCAUCCCUCAUCCCUGACGACGUCGACGGCUGAUCGUCUACGGGCCUCCUACCGCAGGUUGAAGAUCGCCAAGGAGUUGGAGCAGCAGAAACACGCGUUUCUGCCUUCGAACAUUAUGGAGGAUUGUCAUGGCCACGAGCAUCCGCUCGAAAUUCUGGACACUCGCGUGCAGUGGGCCGAUUUGCAGACCCAUCUCCAAAAAGUGCUAAUGACCGACUCAAAAUGCCGCAAAACAUCUUUCGCGUCGAAGGCUCCAGGAUCUGUCGGUUUCCUCUCCCAAGUGGUCCUCAUCGAUCUCAAUUGGUUCCCUCCUAUCCCAAAGCUUCCCAAAAGGGUCGUCCUAAAAGUACCCAUCUCAAAAGCCCACGAAGGACUGCCAGAAGACGUGCCAACACCUCCCGAAAAAAUGGAGCCGCUUCUGAAGGCCCUAUUCGAAGCGGAGCGGGCCUUCUACGAAUUCUACCGUGUCCACGAGCACACCGAGACCAGUUUGCCGCCCAUUCCGCAUUUUUACUAUGCGGCUAGGUUUGAGGGAAACCAUGAAUACCUCGUCUUUGAAUGUCUACAAAACACGCACUCCUUCCACGUCUGGGACAAUUUCAACGAAAAACAAAUUGAUCAGAUGCUGCACGCAAUCGCUCAAACGCAAGCCUUUGGCUAUCUGAACAAUUCCUCGUCUCAACCCGGCCUCAAUCUGCGGCUCCUCGACGUGCUCUACGAUGAAUGUUUCCCCCGAGUAGAAAUGGCCGAGUUGCUGCGGAAGAUGCCCGCUUAUUUUGGGCAGGAGCUGGAACCGUUGGUUGAGAAGGCAUUGGCCAGCUCGGAUGACUUCUACGAUUUGAGGGUUGAGGAGAGGAUCUGCGCAUCUUUGGGCAUCAGCCAAUCAUUAGUGCAUGGAGACGUGUGGAGCACGAACAUUCUUUGGGAUGCCGACGAUCAUGAUAAAUUGAGGGCAGUCCUUGAUUGGCAGAUGACGCGUCAUGGGUGCCCUGCCACCGAUUUAAUUCGAUUUUUGAAUACCUGUAUGAGUGGAGCACAUCGGCGACAGAAUUGGGAGCGAUACUUGAACAAGUUCCACGACUAUCUUCGCGUGGAGAUGCGAGGCCUCCCAUUACCGUAUACCGAGGCUCAGUUGGUCGAUUCCUAUAAACAAAUGUAUGCAAUGGAGACGCUUCUCUACAUGCCUCCCCUCAAUCCAAUCGUCGCCUCGGCCAACCUCGAAGUGGCGCCCGAGCUGGCAAAGAAGAGGAAGGAAACCGUUGCCGAGAAGGUCAGAUGCAUGCUAGAAGACAUCAUCCACUUUGCUCCAUUCGCUCCGCGCAGUACCAAAAAUAACUCCGAA